AUGAACGCUUCCACUACUACCACUCCCAUUAGGAGUAUUGACUCGGGUGACUUUUACUACGAGUACCAUGGCCACAAAGUGCGGCAUUUAGAGACGCUUCUUCCCGUGUUGCGAGAAUCGUCGGAUCGGUUGAUUUGGUUGGCGGGUGACAGCAGUUUGGACAACAAGUACUGGUUUGUGGAUAAACGACGCUGCAUUCAACCGGCCGUGGGCGCCUAUCAGACUGUCUUGUCUCCUCCGGAAUCAGUGCCCGACAUUGCCUAUUGGAUGAAUGCGAAAUUGUUGGAGCAAAACACUAGUAAUACAGCCAGAACGAGUGUGAUCAAUACGGCCGUGGAAGCCACGACACUGAACGAACGAACGCGUGCAUUGCGCCCCCAAGACACGUUUCUGCGCGACCACAUUCAACCCAAUGACAUUUUGAUUGUCUCGGUUGGCGGCAACGAUGUCGCCAUGGCACCGUGUGUGUGUACCAUUUGCGCCAUUUUGGGACUUCUCUGUUGUCUUCCGCAAUCUUGUACCGAAAAUGGUGGGACGUGUGGAUCCUGUCCGAUGGACGACUAUUGUUGUGGUUGUGGAUGUUCGUUGGCAUCGUGUGCCUGUGGAUUUCCACCCUGUUUGGGCUAUUUGCGGCAUUUAUUUGGAACACGCACCCAGCAGUAUAUUCGACGCUUGACGUCCCAACAAGUUCCGCACAAAAUACUCGUCUGCAUGAUUUACUUUCCCGACGAAAAUCCACACUCUCCCAGUUGGGCCGGUGGGACAUUGGCGGCAUUGGGAUACGACCACAAUCCGGGAAAAUUGCAAGCUCUCAUUCGCAAGGCAUUCGUGCAAGCCACGAGCACAAUUCAAAUCCCCGGAGCCCAAGUAAUACCGGUGCCACUGUAUGAGGUGUUGGAUGGACAACAUUCCCAAGACUAUGUGGCACGGGUCGAGCCAUCGCCGUUGGGAGGGGAAAAGAUGGCAUCGCUUCUGUUGCACAUGAUCGACCACAGCAAUGAUGCCGCCACAACAACAAGUGCGGCGCUACUCUCUUCCAAACCACCGGAUGCGUCAUACAUGGGUGACAGAUAA